AUGGUAGAAGCCUUGUGUGAUUUAGGAGGGAGUAUCAACUUGAUACCGCUUAGUAUGUCUAAAAGGUUGAACUUAGGUGAGGUUACCCCAACUAUGAUUUCUUUGCAAAUGGCGGAUAGGUCCUUAAAAACUCCUUACGGGAUCAUUGAAGAUGUUGGGGUUAAGGUGGAUAAGUUUGUCUUCCCAGUGGAUUUUGUCAUUUUAGACAUGGAAGAGGACUCUAAAGUUCCUCUCAUACUGGGGAGACCAUUCUUAGCCACAGGUGAGGCUGAGAUUAAAGUGGCUAAGGGAACUCUAACAUUGAAAGUGGGUGAAGAGGAGGUCCUCUUCAAUAUCUUUGACUCUUUGAAACACCGAGCAGAUGAGGAAGCUAGAAAUGGUUUGUUAGGAUAUCUAUUAAGGACCCCUUGGAAACAACAAUCAUGGAGGGGCUAG